CUCAGUCAAACUGUAUGGCUCAGGCAAAGGACUGCAGCCAGUCUACAGGUACCAAUUCUCCACUGCAAAAACUGGAUGAAAUGGCUGCCAAAUUCAUUAGCAAGUAUCUCAAAGGGAACCAAGAGCAGAAGACACAGGAAAGCGAAGGGCCCCACAUUUCUGAGUUCACCCUCAACUGGGACAGAUGCAUGAAAGAGUUCUUAGCCAAAGCCAAAGAAGACUUUUUAAGAAAAUGGGAGUGUCCACCACAGAGCACAACUGGUCUAGAUGACUUUGAGAGGAUAAAAACUCUUGGCACAGGCUCAUUUGGGAGAGUUAUGUUGGUUAAACAUAAAGGAAUAGACCAGUACUACGCAAUGAAGAUCCUGGACAAGCAGAAGGUGGUGAAGCUGAAGCAAAUAGAACACACAUUAAAUGAGAAAAGAAUAUUGCAGGCUGUGUCCUUUCCUUUUCUUGUCAGAUUGGAGUAUGCCUUCAAGGACAACUCCAAUUUAUACAUGGUGAUGGAGUACGUUCCUGGUGGUGAAAUGUUUUCACAUCUUAGACGAAUUGGACGGUUCAGUGAACCUCAUGCAAGAUUUUAUGCAGCUCAGAUAGUACUGACUUUUGAGUACCUCCAUUCACUAGAUCUAAUCUACAGAGAUCUCAAGCCAGAAAAUCUUCUAAUUGAUCAGCAUGGGUACAUUCAGGUCACAGAUUUUGGCUUUGCCAAAAGAGUAAAAGGCAGGACUUGGACAUUGUGUGGAACACCAGAGUACCUGGCACCUGAAAUCAUACUCAGCAAGGGCUACAACAAAGCUGUGGACUGGUGGGCACUGGGGGUUCUAAUCUAUGAAAUGGCAGCUGGCUAUCCCCCAUUUUUUGCAGACCAGCCCAUCCAAAUCUAUGAGAAAAUUGUGUCUGGCAAGGUACGAUUCCCUUCUCACUUCAGCUCAGACUUGAAAGACCUCCUGAGGAAUCUGCUGCAGGUGGACCUUACCAAGCGAUAUGGCAAUCUGAAGAAUGGAGUAAAUGACAUUAAAAACCACAAGUGGUUUGCCACAACAGACUGGAUUGCCAUCUAUGAAAGGAAGGUGGAGGCUCCUUUCAUACCAAAGUGCAGAGGCCCUGGAGACACCAGCAACUUUGAUGAUUAUGAAGAGGAGGACAUCCGUGUCUCUGUCACAGAAAAAUGUGCAAAAGAGUUUUCAGAAUUUUAGCACAAAAGUGGUGUUGCAUCAGGGCUUGUGUGUAUGUAUGUAUAUAGGGAUAUUUGCACUCUGCUUUGAAAUGGGGCGGAGCUAAGACCAUUACGUUCAUAUAAUGACCUUGUUCCUUCAUUCCACAAGGCUGAAUGAGGUCCUUAUUGCCAUUACCCUUGUGUGCAGUUAGCUCUGACUCAUUCACAGGCACAUUCAAGCACUCCUCGUGCUACAACACAAAGACCUAGACCACAUUCUUCUUUUCUCCCCCUCAACUCAAGCAGUUGCGGCGGUCUUGAAAAUAGGUUUCCCCUUUUUAAACCAAGAGGUGUUUUUAAAUAAAUGGGAAAGUCUAAAGUGAGUGAAAUGGCAUUUUUGUCGGCACAUGUUAAAAAAAAGUGAUCUGUUGUACCAGGAAGAAUUUCACUUGAUGUGUGAUGGGAAAUUGAAAGAAGGGUGUUUCUUCCAGUUCUUCCCAACUAACAGUUUGUCUGUUACAUGUUUUGAGAUUAUUAUAUAUUUUAUAAGUUAAAAGAAAAUCCUUCUAGCUCUGACAAUAUUCUUGAAAUGUAUUGAGCAUCUUGCAGGAGUACUUGCUCUUAAUGUGUUUAUGUAUGCUGGUCAAAUAAAAUGAACUAGUUUAAACACCCUAUGUACCAAAUUUGGAAUGGAUGGAUAAAACUUGGAGUGUUUUUUUCAUAACCCAAGCACUCUUCAAGGCUAAUUGAUGCUUAUCCUUUGAAAUAGCUGUGUACUACAGAGAUUGGCAAACCUAAUUAUUAAGCAGGAAACUUUCAACAGAAGAUGUUUGCCAUUUGUAGCAGUGUUUUACAGGUUUGUCAACUCAUUGAAGGUUUCAUUUGAACUCUUUUUCCCAUGUAUCAAAAUGUUUGGUAAUAAAAACGCAGUAAAUUAGACAUUUUUCAGUACACAAAAAAUAGGAUUCUACAAAGAGACUUAGAGGCUUUUUCAUGACUGAAUAGUAAAAAAAAAUGGAAUAUUGCUAAAUUGAAUGGUCCGUUUGAUAUAAUGUGUAUGAAAAAGGGUUACUUAUUUUUGCCAGUGGAAUGGUAUUGGCAAAAGUGGACUUGUAAUGUGCAUAAACUAUUUUUUAUUUUGUUUUGCUCCUUUAUGUUAAUGCUUUUCUUGUUUCACAAAGUUCUCAAAAGAGAUUGUAAAACUGCCAUAUUUCUAUUUUUUUUUCCAUUUUACUUCAGCAUUUUUUUUUUGUUGAGUUUGUUCUCAUGACAGAAUGUAGAGUGACAAUUAGUAUAUAUGUGCUGUAUGUUAAGUUAUAUUCACAUACCAAUUAAAGCAAAUUUUCACAUGCUGGCAUUUGCCAGCCUCAGCACCUUUCUGUCACAUUUAAUACCAUCUGUUUAACUAAUUUCAUAAGACACAAUUGUUUCUUAUGUAUUUUAUUUAUAUACAUCUUUGAGAAAGGGGCUGUUAAAUAAAUGUAAAUUUUAAAGGGUCAAAACAA